AUGAAAGUAGAUAAAGUGGUUCUCUUAUCUUUAUUGAUAAGUGGUAUAAAUGGUGAAUUAAGAAAAAGAAUUGAAUAUGUUACUAUGGUAACAACUGUUGAUAUGGCAUAUUCUGAUUAUGUUAAAGGUUUAGCUGGUUCUAAUCCUCAAGCUAAUACUGUAGCUACUCCAGCAACUCAAGCUCAAGUUCAAGCUGCUGCAACUUCAACCCCUGCUUCAACAUCAAGAUCAGGUGGAUUAAGAGGUGCAUUAUCAGGAUUAUUUAGUGGUCUUCUUGAUUAUUUUGAUGGUGAUGAUGACACUAGUAGUAGCGGUGCUAAUACCCAACCUGCAGUAGUAGCUACCACUCCAGCAACCGCAGCUGCUGUUGCUUCAUCAGCUGCAGUAAUUGUUCCAACAGCUGCAACAGUUGCCAGUUCUUCAGAAGAUAGUGGAUGGAUUUUACCAUUCACAUGGCCUCAUAAAUCAUCUACCACCUCAACAGGUGGUUUAUUCACUUCCACUCAAUCAUCCUAUCAAACGGCAUCAGGAAUUGAUGUAGACACAGAUCCUGAUCCAACUGCCAGUGGAGAAGAUUCAGCAGUUAUUUCUCAAGUUAUAAAAUAUGCCGAAAUGGGAGGAGGAAUUGCUUAUUCACCAAAGACGAAAUCAGGUCAAUGUAAAUCAGCUUCACAAGUUGCUUAUGAUAUGAAAAUUUUACAAAAUUUUGGUAUCAUUAGAUUAUAUGGGGUUGAAUGUAGUGGAGUUCAAAAUGUCAUAAAUUCCAUGAGUUCAUCACAAACAUUAUUUGCUGGUAUUUGGCCAAUUGAUAGUACUAAUUUACAAAAUGAUUUAUCAACAUUGAAAACAGCCGUCGAAAGUACAAGUAGAGGUUGGGACGCUAUUCAUACUAUAUCAAUUGGUAAUGAAUUAGUAAAUUUCGGUACAGCUACUCCAAAUGAUAUCAAAACUGCUUUACAAAUAGGUAGAAAUUGGUUGAAACAAAAUGCUUCAGGAUAUUCUGGACCUGUUGUUUCUGUUGAUACAUUAGUUGCAGUAUUAGCUAAUCCGGAAUUAUGUGAUUUAUCCGAUUACAUUGCUGUCAAUGCUCAUCCAUUCUGGGAUGGAAGUGUUAGUCCUGAAAAUUCAGGUUCAUUCUUAACUUCUCAAAUAAGUCAAUUAAAGAGUGUUUGUAAUAAUGGGAAAGACGUUUUGAUUACCGAAUCCGGAUGGCCCACUAAAGGUGAUAAUUAUGGUAGUUGUGUACCAUCAUUAUCAAAUCAAUUAAAAGCUGUUAAAAGUAUUGGUCAAACUUUAGGUGAUCAAGUAUUAAUGUUCACUACUUAUAAUGAUUAUUGGAAAGAUCCUGGAUCUUCAGACGUUGAACAAUAUUGGGGUAUAUAUGGUGAUCCAAACGCUUAA